AAAAAAAAAAAAGCUCGACACGGCAAAAUCCAGCAAUGAUUGCGCCUCCAUUGUUGCCUGGAGCUGCCAAGUCUGUGCUUUCCUGUUUAUAAACUGCUGAGCGCUCUGGUCUCUGCACCUCUUCUAUUCUUCGCGUCUGCAUUUCGAGAUUUCGUGCCUUUGGUUGAGCAUAGUUGCAUACAAUGGCUGAGCUUUCUCUGGACGCGUACUGGCGGGCGCCGCCAAUUGCGAGAACUGCUGCCACUGUUACCUUUGGCCUGUCUGUCGCCGUGCACAUGGGAAUGCUUUCAGGGGAUUUCUUCAUCUAUGAUCCUCAAUACGUGGCGCGGAUUCCUCCGCAAAUAUGGCGCCUUGUAACGUGCUUCCUGAUCACCUUCCCAAAUCUGGGCGUCCUCUUUGACACUUUCCACAUGUACAUGUACAUGAGUCAACUGGAAAAAGGUCAUCCGCGAUUGUCGAGACGAGAAGACCUUGUCUGGUAUCUGACAUUUGUGUGCGGAACAAUUCUGAUACUCAAUCAUUUAUUGGGUUUUGGGUAUGGAGUAAUGACGCAGGCGCUCCUCCUCGCCAUGGCGUAUACCGUAACUCAGGAGCAACGCGGCCAGACGACGAACUACAUGUUUGUUAGUAUUCCGUCUCAGCUCGUUCCAUUUGCCAUGAUGGCAAUCAACCUCUUCUUCCCGGGCGGCAUUGGUAUUGUGUUUCUGCAGCUUCAGGGGCUGGCUGCAGCGCACUUGUAUUUGUUCCUGACCAAAAUCUGGCCUGAUGUUGCCGGUGGUCGGAACUGGCUUGAGACUCCUGCCUUCAUUCGGUCUGCGGUGAAUGGAGCAACACCUGCGCCGCAACCACCUGCUGGAGGUAGAGGAUCCGACACGACAUCUGCCCAAAGCAGUGGUGCUUUACGUGGACCGUUGCCAGACUCAUGGCGCACCAGAGGACCGGGGCACCGCCUGGGUUAAUUCAUAGCAUACAUUUAAUCAGAUUUAGACGUUGACAAUUGAAUUUCAUUGCUGUUCUCCUAGUAAAGAUUUCCUGAGAGUGUUCAUGGUUUGUCGAUGUACUAUUUAGCUCCUUCUACUCACUGCACCCAGCAGCUAUAGUGGCCGCGAUAGUUGCAUGACGGAUUGCUCAAUGAAAUUGUCAAGUUGUUAUAUCUUAUGGACAUGAAUUAUAUAGCUUCUAACUAGAAUGCCUCGGUAGAUAUCCCAGGGUAUAAAUGAUUGACAGCCGUUUCAUUGCGGCUAAAUACCUUGAACAAGUCCAACGCCCCUUUGAACAGACAAAGCCACCAUACCAGAUUAUUCCAGAUCCCGUCACAGCUCGAAUAAAGCAUUCAAGAAUUUUACAUCGCUUGGCCUCCCAAAUACGUAAAUCUCAAAGAGAGAAGAAAAGACAAAAGGAAAAGAAAAGAACGGCGCAAAAUGAGUGUAGUCUUGGUGGCAUCCCAGCGUCCACUAUUCACAUCCCGUACAAGAUGCUCUUCCCACUGGCUAGUGGCACCUCCGUAUAAGCAGCGUACUUCUCGCUGUUUUUCGGAGUAGGUGGACGAUUUCGCUCGAGGACGACGAUGCCUGCACCGAGUGGCCUGUCAACGAAUCGAGGAUCGCUCAAGAGAGGAGGUGUGAUGUGAAGCUGAUGAUCUGCAGCGUCUCCGGGCCGCCCAGCUAGGGGUUGAAGCACAAGACUCGGAGGUGGAGCUUUCUUUGGUAUGUAUAGCUUGGGCAAAGAGAGCGAGGAAAGUCUGGAGCUCCAGCCGGAUGAAGAUCCAACCAAUGUUGGUGAAGAGCUGGGCUCAGAUGGAGAUGAUGACGUGGACGGCCCUGGGGUAGGGAGUGCCUGCGGCUCAGACGGCCGAGAAGCGUCCUCUACGACGGAUUUGUAGGCUCGGAUGAUGAACGAGUCGGGAGUGCCCGGCCUCCGUUUGUGUAUUGGCUGAGGCGGCGGCAGAGAAUGGCUUGAGAUUGCGUCUCUGGCUUGCUUGGAGACGGCAUUGGGGUCGUAGGCGUGAUGAGCAGGCAUGGCAUUAUCGUGGCCAUGGAUGGCAGAUCUCGGGUCAUGAGUGAGCUGUAUAUGGCCCGAACGAGCGGCAUUCUCCAUGUGGUUGUAAAACUCGCCAUUGGUCCCAAUAGAGCCAUCUCUGGCAACGCCCUGGAACUCGGGGUAAUGAGACUGGUGGGCCACAUACACCCAAGGCUCAACCAUGGUCUUGGGAGAUGCCUCAAUGUCUUGUCUAUAGUAGUAGCGCUGCUCGUAAAAGGGAGGAGGGGGGUUCCUCUGGCGAGCAAAAUAGACGACGAAUAAGCAAGUGGCGAGUGCGAAGAUGAAGAUGAUUCCGACUAUGAUGCCGAUGAUUUCGGCUGUAGAGAGGCCUUUGGAUGAAGCGGAAUCAGUGUCGUUGGCACCGUCUCUUGGAACGACUUUGAAAGCUUGAGCAGUCUGAGAACUGGCCAGCGCCAAUAGGAGGACAUGUAUUGAAGAGAUCAUGUUUGGGCUCUGCGUACGUUUGACGGAAGAUGGACAGACAAGGGCUAUAUAAGAUAUACAAGGGAGUUUAACACGAGUCUAUCACAGGGAAGGCCUGCCCGCUGUGUAAUCAGAUCGAUCUUUUGCUAGUAUCAAUCACCGCUUUCGGGGAGGAUAUGACACUGGCAAGUAGAAAGAUCUUUACAACAGUUGAGCUGAUCAACCCUACUCAAGACAGGCGACGAGACAGGUAACCAUCUGGGCAGGAGACAC